GCCUGGGCGUCUCGAAGGGUCAGAGAGUUGGCUGCGAGCCUUCGGCCGGCAAGCGAGCGUCGGCUACGAUCCCGCAGCGAGAGGAGGCAAGUUGGGCUCCAGGCUCCAAAGCCGGUGGCCGCGGGUCGCGGUGGAGCCGCUGUCUUCGAGGUCACAGGAGAGAACAGUGAUAUCCUGAGAGAAGAUGGGAAAGGGCUGCAAGGUUGUGGUUUGUGGAUUGUUAUCUGUGGGGAAAACUGCAAUUUUGGAGCAGCUCCUUUAUGGAAACCAUACUAUCGAUUCUCCAGAUUCCUCUGGAUAGGAAUAAAGACCUGGCUGCCAGUGUUUUGGGAGCAGAAAGGGAGAGCCGGAGGACUUCAGCAUUCAGAAUGGAAGAUUGUGAAACAAUGGAAGAUGUGUACAUGGCUUCAGUAGAAACAGAUCGAGGAGUAAAAGAACAGUUACAUCUUUAUGACACCAGAGGUCUACAGGAAGGCGUGGAGCUGCCAAAACAUUAUUUUUCAUUUGCUGAUGGCUUUGUUCUUGUGUACAGUGUGAAUAACCUUGAAUCCUUUCAAAGGGUGGAGCUUCUGAAGAAAGAAAUCGAUAAGUUCAAAGACAAAAAAGAGGUAGCAAUUGUUGUAUUAGGAAACAAAAUCGACCUGUCUGAGCAGAGACAAGUGGACGCUGAAGUGGCACAGCAGUGGGCAAAAAGUGAGAAAGUGAGACUGUGGGAGGUGACUGUUACCGAUCGGAAAACUCUGAUUGAACCAUUCACUUUAUUAGCAAGUAAACUUUCCCAACCCCAGAGCAAAUCAAGUUUUCCUUUGCCUGGGAGGAAAAACAAAGGGAACUCUAGCUCUGAGAACUAAAAAUCAGUAAUUCUACAAUUGUGUGUUGAAUAGUGAUUGCCUUUAAGUGUCUGUGAACGUGGAGUAAUAUUACCAUUUAAAACAGGCCAUUUGUAUCUACCUUUGGUCCUUAGGAAGAUUCCUAAGGAAGUCAUUUAAUGCACUUUAGAUGUUAUAAUUAAUUACUUGGGCUAAGUUUAUUAUUGCCUGAUAUGAAAGAAUAUAUUCUUACUCUCAUUGUUUGAAACCUG